AUGACUUCUAAGAGUAUCGACAGCCUUCAGAACGAUGAUGUUAAAUUGGAUUCCACUUGCGCAGAAAACAUUAAAAAAUGUGAUUAUGAUAAAUGGUAUUACAUAGAUAAAGAGAUGAUUCCAGCAAAACUAACUUAUUUUUUCACAGGUUUAGAAAGGUCAUCGGCAUCACCUUAUUUUAUCAUGUUUUAUAUAAGUAUUGGUCUUAACCUAAAACAAGCCGGUUAUGUGUUUUCUUUUUCUUACGCUGGCCUAAUGGUAGGUAGUGUUUUUUGGGGUGUUUUAGCUGACAAGACUCGUGCGCAUCGAGUUCUGUUAUUAACUUUGUACAUUUUAUAUGGGGUUUUUGCAUUAUUGAUUCCAUUCGUUAGUUCAAAAAUAGGAGAAAAAGAAAAAAACCAAUGUCCAUCAGUGAAAAAAUUUUCUAAUAAUAGUACUACAAACAUGACAAUUGUUGAUGAUUAUUCUCCAGUGUCCACGACAACUUUGACAUAUGUUAUGGCAACGCUGGGAUUUUUCACAUCCUCCUUUAGUGGAAGCAUUUAUAGCUAUAUUGAUGCUGGAGUCAUUGAAAAAAUAAUCGUGUCUUCAAAACGAAAAGAUUUUGGGAGGCAGUAUAUGUUUGUAAAUAUUGGUUUUGCAUUUGGAGCCUUAAUUUCAGGAGAAGUGAUGGAUAUAUUUCCGAAAGUUAAAAUUUCAUGUUAUUUUGCUGUAUUUAGUGUUGGUAUUAUAUUUUUAAUCGCUUCAUGCAUUUGCUCUCAAUAUUUAUACAAAGGCAUCAUAAUACCUUCUCGAAAAGAAGUAAAAUCCGAUUCUUUUAAACAGGAUCUGAUUCAAACAUUAACUAACUUUGAAGUUAUUCUCUUUUUGAUAACAACUUUUGUAAACGGUUUUUUGUAUUGCAUAUACUUGAACUACUUUUUUCUGUUUUUGAAGGAACUUAAAGCUACAAACUUUUUAAUUGGAUUAACAGUUGGGUUUGGAUCAACAUCGGGUAUCUUUGUAAAUUUUUUUAACGAAAAAAUCAUAAAACUACUUCGAGGAACAUUCAAUACUAUUAUUAUGUGUACAUUUCUUUGGUCCGUUCGAUUUUUCAUAUUUUAUUUUUUAAUAAAUCCUUGGUUAAUCAUACCGCUACAACUUACUUUACAUGGGUUAUGUUUAUCGCUUUUUUUCAGUGUUAAAUCGGUCCACUUAAAGCUUAUCUCUCCAAUUAGCAUCCAUUCAACCAUGUUUGGAAUUAUUCAAUGUUUACAUAGUGGCAUAUCUCCAAUAGUAGGAAGUUUAAUAGGAGGUGAACUAUAUUUUACGUAUGGCGCUCGAAGCACAUUUUUAUAUGUUUGCUUAAUCGCUUUAGGGUGGACGGUGUUUUUAUGUAUGUACAUAUUUGUGAAAAAUCGAACGGAGAAAAAAGUUUGUAAAUUAUCAAAAUCUGCUAUCCUGGAUGAAUAUCCAUUUGAAGUUAGUGAAUGCAUAACCAAAUUUUGA